CGGUGUGUGAUUGUUAUAGUCUUCCCCCUCCUGCGGAAGCAGCAUGGCAGCUUGCUUGUCCGUCCUCUCAAUACUUCCCCCUCUAGUGGUGACACGAGUGGAUUGGUCCGCGUGCCUUGUGUUAUACACAGUUCUCAUUUAUGAGUGAAGAUUGUUUUGCAGCAUUUAAUAGUUACGAGGUGUCUUCCUGCUCCCGCACUGACAGCCCACACUGCAUAAGCACAGUAUCAGAGACCCGGGAUACAGCAGCCCUACUUGAUCCUCUCUGCACGCCUGCUUCCUGCAUUGUGUAGCUGCAUCUCAUUUAUAUAUAACACAGCAUUGUAAAGGGUUAUACAUCAUGCAUUUAAUAGAAGAAAAGUAUAAACCAGUUGCCCAGAUGUUGUUGUCGGGUGGAACAUGUCCUAGAUGUGUCCUUCGCUUGUGCUGUGUUGGAUCUCCCACUCUCUACCGGCUUCCAUACAAGGAUCUAACUGCUGAGUUGCAGAAGUUCCUGGUCCGGCCUCAUGGAGAGGCCGCUGAUGAUGACAAUGCCCCACCGAGUAAGAAGGUCAGACUGGAAGACACAGAUGGGUGUGACACCGAAUCACAGAGCUCCAUGGACAUAAAGGACUGUGGGUCUCCACGUACCUGCAAUCUGUGCCUGGGGAUUCUACAGCAUCUCUGCAGUAUCGAGUUUGCUAAAAAGAUUUCCCAUAAAGUCCAAUCUGGUGAUUACGAGUUUAAAGACUUUUCUUUCUCAGUGUCCUUUCCAGCGCAGCUGUUGGUGAGAGAGCAUUCUGCAUCGCUGCAAGCACAACAGGAAAUGAAAAAACAAGGUGGUCUCUUGGAUAAGUCAGAUAUUAUUCAGCUGAAGGAAGCGUACAAGUGGAUAAUUCAUCCCAUGAUAUCUGAAGAAUUGGGGGUUCAAGUUGUAAGCAAGAGUUUGUUUGAAGUCGGGGUGGUGUUUUGCCAUGCAGAAACAGACGAGGACUGCCACUUUCUAGCCAGCGAGUGCAGGAAGUUUUUCAAGACAAAUAAGAAUAAACAAUUUGUUUUCACUAGAAUGGCCAUCGUGAAGGCUCUAGACUGGAUAACAGACGACGAUUUCUGCAUCCAGUUUCCAUGGCCACCAUCAUCUCCAAAGACAACAUGUGAAGUUGUGGAUAUUCAGUGCACUCACGCUCCAGUCUUUGUGGCAGGGAGAUAUAACAAAUACUCAAGGACUUUGCCGCAGACCCCGUGGAUUAUUGAUGGGGAGAGGAAGAUGGAGUCUUCAGUGGAGGAGCUGAUAACAGAACAACUUAUACCAGUAUUUAAAGCUGACCGUUUCAAUUUCUCAUCAUCUGGAAGAGAAGAUGUGGAUGUCAGGACCCUGGGGAGAGGUAGACCGUUUGCAAUUGAGCUUGUAAAUCCUCACAGGGUCCAGCUCACCGUACAAGACAUGAAGGAUCUUCAGCAGAAGAUAAACGGCUCCGACAAAAUCAAAGUCCGGGACUUGCAGAUUGUCACCAGGGAUGCAAUGGCACGCAUGAAGGAAGGCGAGGAGGAGAAGACAAAGUGUUACUGCGCACUAAUAUGGACAGAGAAACCCAUCUCUAGAGAAGGCUUAGAAGUUCUUGAUAAUGAGAAGGAGAUGAAGAUAAUACAGAAAACGCCUCUCCGUGUUCUUCACCGCCGACCCUUGGCUUCCAGAACUCGUGUUAUUCACAACAUGAAAACAGAGUAUGUAGACGAACAUCAUUUUCACCUGUAUUUAAAGACACAAGCUGGGACUUAUAUAAAAGAAUUUGCUCAUGGUGACUUUGGGAGGACAGUUCCAAAUAUUGGAUUAAUAUUGGAAACCACUGCGGACAUUCUAGAGCUGGAUGUGGAGUCUGUAGAUGUUGACUGGCCCCCAGCCUUGGAUGAUUGAGUAUAAGUUGGACCCUGAACAUACUUGGAUCAUGUUGAUCUGUUGUUUUAUUUUGUUUGUGUUCUGUAAAUGGGUAGCAGUUGAUUUACUGAUGGACACACUACCGACGGUCAUAAUCCUGACAGACAUUGACCGGCAGUCAAAAUACAGACACGGUCAAAAUACCGACAUUCUUUAUACCGACAUGUUCAAAGCGCCGUUAUAGUUAGAUUACCAGCAUUUGAAAUGUCAAAAUGCCGACAUGCGUUUUUGAGGAUUUUUUUGCCCAAAAACAGACAUGUUCAUACUUUACAAUCCCAGUGGACCUGAAGGGGGAAUAAAUUAGUGUGCCGAGCGCAGUGAAGCACCGUGCCCGAAGCAUGGCAAGCGCAGCGCUACGCUUACACGGUGUCCAUGUCGACCUAUGUCCACAUUGACACAAAAAGAAACAGAAAAACUCAUGUCAGUAUUUUGAAAUGUCGGUAUUCUGACUGUCGGCAUAAUGAAUGUCGGUAUUUUGGCCGUAUCUGUAUUUUGACUUUCAGUCAAUGGCUGUCAGGAUUAUGACCGUUGGUUUUGUGUCCGUCGGUAAAUCAUACUGAACCCAUGUAAAUGUAUAACCCAUUGUAUUGCAAUACUUACAGUAUGUGUCUACUACAGUGGUUUCCAGACUUUUUUGCAAGUGUCCUGAGGCACCCCAGUGUGCCACGUCACACGGUUUGAGAACCACUGGUCUACUAUACACAGAACUGAGAAGAUAAUUGUGAAAAAGGAAACAAUUUAUUUACAAUAGAUCAAAAUGCAUAGAAAUGCCUGUUAAAAUAUUUGAUAAGACUUCUUAUGUCAACAUAUCAGUUAUGGCAGCGUGUUACUUUGUUAUGCACCUUUUCCCCCACCUCAGAGAUCCCACGCAGAAUGUGAAAUUAAAUACCAGUUAAGCCUUAAAAUUCACCUGUUAAUGCAUGGGUAAAUUUCAUUUUGUUUAGGCCAGUUGUUCCCAAACGUGGUCCUCAAGGCAUCCAAACAGUCCAGCUUUUAGGGGUGUCACUGUUUGUGCACAGAUGGUACUGGUUAGGUAACCUGUGCCUAAGCAUGGAUAUCCUUAAAACCUGGACUGUUGGUGCCUUGAGGACCACAUUUGGGAACCACUGGUUUAGGCAAUAAACGUAAUAUGGUUUUAGAUGAUUUGAGUACCAUAUUUAACUUUGGACUUUGCAAUUUAUAUUGUAAGAUGUUUUAUUGUUUAAUGUCCUCUUACAAUGAGCUGCUAUUUCAGAGACACUGAGCAGCUGCAGCUGUGGCAUCGGGUGACUUUUGGGCAUUUAAACCCCACCCAGGCUACAAAACUAUAGAAUGUUCUGUGAAAAUGCUGCUCAGAGUGUCUUCCAGAACUGAAUAUCAAUCAUUUGUUUUUAAUUCUCUCACUUUAUUUUUCUUUGCUGUAUAAAACGUAUGCGCUUGAUUUGUGCACUGUGCAAGAAGGCAUUGGGGUAUUUUUGUGCCAGGCUUCCUGUGCCUAAAGCUAAACCCAGCUGUCCAUUUAGCAGCAAUAUGCAUGCAUAAUGUGGAGGUAAAGGCUGAUAUCUGUUAAUCUCCUUCACACUGUAGGUGUGUGCCGAAACAGACAUUACUAGAAGACAAUAGAGCCUUCCAGUAACAGUUUAUAACUGAAAGUAUAGAAAUUUAGUCUUUUAUUAUAAAUGGCAGUGAUCAAUCUUCCAGAAAGAAGAUGACUCCGAUUGACGAAUAUUAGCUUCUCCUAUGGAAUAUGGAGUCACCAUUUCUGCAGUGGAGGUCCUGACCUGUUUGGCUCUUGGUUGUCAGUUUAUACUUCAGGGAUGUGGCUGAGAACGACCAGUACAGUAUGGUAUAUGUAAUAUAACAGUGAGAAAUAAAUUUGCUUAAUUAGA